CCGUUUAGUAUUUUUUUGGACUUAGAAUUGCCAGCGAUUCAUUUCAUUCAAAUUAACGUGCAACUAUCGUGAACUCAAUCGAACUGGUUCAUUUCAUCUUUCAUACAGGCCGCAUAGCAUUUUGUUUAUGUAAUUGUGCAACAGCUGUGAGAGAAUAUUAAAAACAUGUUCGGCCUAACGUUUCGCCAGUCCAUUCGAAUUUCAACGCAAAGUGUGAAUAAACUACUUAGCACAAGUGGCGUAUUAGUCAGUAGAAAUUUUCAAGCAAACAUGUCCCAAGAGCCGCAAUAUCCACCUAUAGAAACGGCCAUGAGGAAAGCCCUAACAGCGGAGCUAAAGCCGAUCUUUUUGGACGUUAGCAAUGAAUCGCCCAUGCACAACACACCGAAGCAGGCGGAAUCACACUUUCGUGUGCUCGUUGUAUCCGACAAAUUCAAUGAUUUGACGCUCAUUAAGCGCCAUCGACUGGUUAAUGACACAAUCAAGACGGCGUUAAAGGCGGCUGGGUUCGAAUUCAUGCAUGCCCUCUCUAUCGAGGCAAAAACACCUAAGCAAUGGGAGCCCGAGCAGGAACCAGAAAAAAGUCCACCCUGUUUGGGUGGGUUUGGUAAAUAAAUGGCUGUU